AUGGCUGACACUAGCUCAAUAGUUUCCGAUAAUAAAUUUUUAGAAAUUUAUUCAAACAAGUACAUUCUCACUACCAACCUAUCUAAGGAUUAAGUAGUCAUCGACUUAGCCACAUCAGAACUCAAAAAAGAGACAAGAGGAUCAAGUGGUUCAUAAACUUUAGUUUCAAAAGUAGGACUUAAAGCUAUUUAUGGUAUUUGCUAAUUAGAGCACUCUAAUUAUUUGAUUGCUGUUACUUAGUCUUUCACCAUAGGAUCACUUUACAAUAAAAAUAUUCAACAAUUAAAGGAAAUUUAAUUUUACCCUAUCAACCCUUAAAGAGAAAUAAACCCAGCUGAUUAAAAAUACAUAGACAUGAUGCAAUCAAUUUUUUAAACAAAAAUGUUUUACUUUUCUGAUGAAUAUGAUCUCACUAACUCCUUCUAGAGAUUCAUCAAAAAUAAAGUUGACAAGAACAACUACAAUCCUAAUUUCUGUUACAACGAAUGCUACCUCCAUGAUUUCAUUAAAAACGGAUGUCAAGAAUGGAUUUCUCCUUUUAUCUCUGGUUAUGUUAAGAUCGACUAUUGCUAAUUAGAUGAUACUGUUGUCAAUUUCAUUCUUAUAAGCAGAAGAGAUAAGAGAAGAGCUGGUAUGAGAUUUAUUUCAAGAGGUACUGAUUUAGAUGGUAAUCCUACAAAUAUGGCUGAAACUGAAUAAAUUAUUGUUUUAACUAAGGGAUAAUACAACAAUAUUUAUAGUUUUGUUUAAACAAGAGGAUCAAUGCCAUUCUUGUGGAACUAAAAACCUAAUUUGAAAUGGGCUCCUAGGGGUGCUCCAAUCGGUGAAGAGGCCGAAAAUAUUGAAUUUUGCAGAAAACACUUUGCAGAUUAAGAAAAACUAUAUUCUAGAUAGGUUUUAGUUAAUUUAAUAGACAAAAAAGGCAAUACUUAGCUUAAGUUAGGCCAAUACUUCUAAAAAAUGGUAGAAGCCCUUAAAGAUAAAAAUUUAAAAUACAUUUGGUUUGAUUUCCAUCACGAAUGUAGAAAAAUGAAGUAUGAAAACCUCUAAAAAUUAUUAGAUAUGUUCAAGGAAGACCUUGAUGAUAUUGGAUAUUUUGAAUUUUAAUACACUAAAGAUAAAAUUGAGACUCCUAGCAUUAAAAAGCUUUAAAAAGGUACAGUAAGAACUAAUUGCAUGGAUUGCUUAGAUAGAACAAAUGUCGUCUAAUCAGUAAUAGCUAGAAAAGUUUUACAUCAAAUUCUUUACACUGCAGGUGUAACAAGCAAGACAGCUCUUUAGAAAAGUUGCCUGAAAAAUUGGAAGAUAUUUUCAGAGCAAACUGGACUAGAAACGCAGAUGUAAUCAGUAUUUUAUACACAGGUACUGGAGCUUUAAAAACUGAUUUUACAAGAACUGGUAAGAGAACAAAAUAAGGUGCAAUCAAUGAUGGUAUUAAUUCAGUAUAAAGAUAUUUCUAUGGUAAUUUCUUCGAUGGGCAUAAAUAGGAUUGCAUUGACCUUUUGUUAGGAAAAAUUAGACCAAGAGAAACUAAGAUUAAAUAAGGAAUUAAUCCUAUGUUAUUCUUAGUAGGUUUCCUUCUUCUAGGGCCAUUUAUUUUAAAACCUUAAUUAGAUAAAAUUUUAGUUGGUGAAAAUGCAGAAGCUGGAUUCGUUACAUCAUUAUGUGGAUUUGUUUCUCUUGUUGCAUCCCUUCUUAUUUUAGCUAAAGGAGCCGUUUCAUUUAAUUAAUUCUUUGUUUAAAAACCAACACUCCCAUAAUGAAAACUAAAUUAAAUUACAUUAGCUAAUUAAAAAAUAGAAUAAUUGUCAAACUAUAAUAAUAAGUAAGUAAGUAAUUAAUAUAUAUGGCUAUCUACAUAAUUAAAUAAUUUUCAAAAUAAAAUAUUUAUAUAGCUCAAUGUUUUAUGUUUCUUUUCCAUCACAAUCACUUCACUUUUUCUAUUCACAUUAUUUUUAAAAAAAAAUUUAAAUCUUAAUUAAAAAUAAGAUAAAUAAAUAUUUGCAGCAUUUAAAUUAACUUCAAGAUUUUUAAGUAAAUAAAUUAAAUAUAAAUAAGAUUAAAUUGAGUUAAAUAAAAAUAAUUUUAAGAUCAAUUAAAAUUUUUUAAUAAAAUUUUAUUUAAAAUAUUUAAUUCUAUUUUUGUAAAAAAUAUUAUAAAUCACUUUUAUUGUUUAUUUUUCAAUAAUAAAAUACAAUUUAUCAUUUUUUUAAAGUAAUAAAAUACUAUUUAUGA